AUGGACUGCAUGUCACCGUCAAUGCUCAUUGGAGCUAAUUGGUCCAAGGAAGUACUAGUCGAUCCCAUUUCUUUGACUACCAACGACACGUUGUCUCUCUCUACUGCAAAACUCAGUCACUUGGAUCACUGCAAUGGCAAACGCAACGUUUACAAAUUUGGUGGGACGUCUGUUGGUAGUCCAUCGAGACUUUGUGGCCUUGUACACAUUGUUCGUAAUGAACGUGAGCGUAUCUUGGCUGUAGUUGUAUCGGCCAUGGGUCAUACGACCGAUCACUUGUUGAAAGCAGCGACACUUGCAGCUAAAGGAGAUGCCGACAAUGCACUGAAAGUCGUGGACAUGUUGCAAGCACUGACGCUUACGAACGCCCAUGAAACACAAAAAGAAUUACAAGUGGAGCAGUUCGAAGACAUGACUGAUGUGAUUGUUGACCAUUUUAAACCUCUUCGGGAAUUGCUAUUUGGUAUCUCCUUGUUGGAGGAACUCACGACUGCAGCGACGGACACGGUUCUGUCGUAUGGCGAACGUAUUAGCGCCAAUAUUGUCGCCAAAUUAUUGACGAAAGCGGGUGUCGAAGCGUUUUAUCUGGAUGCUAGAAAGUGGUUGAUCACUGAUAACACCCAUGGCUGUGCUAAAGUCUUCUUUGACGAGUCCAAGGAAAAGCUACUGGAGAUGGCAAAGCAGUGGAAGCCCAACACAGUACCAGUGAUCACGGGCUUCAUUGCUCGUACACGCGGUGGUCGCACUACCACGCUGGGACGUAACGGAUCCGACUACACGGCAACACUAGUUGGUGCUUCCCUCGAUGCCGACUACGUGCUCAUCAAUACGGACAUCUCUGGUGUCAUGACAGCAGAUCCAGCGAUCGUGGAACGUGCCGUGGCGCUUUCUCACCUGAACCACCAUGAAGCUUUGGAGCUUGCGGUCUAUGGUACGCGUAUGUUUCACGCGCGCACCAUGGUUCCGCUUAUCAAAGGCGAUGCGACCAUGCUCAUUCGCAACACCAUGGACCCGAAUGGCCAUGGUACAUAUAUUAGCGGCAUUAGCCGCUCGGGUACGCCUGAAACAUGUACCACAUCAUUGGAGAACCUGACGGUUAUUGAGGCUCGUACACGCAUUCUGCAGGAUGGCAGUAGUGACUCUCACCAGCAGGAGAACAUCGGUGCUCGUGUGACGAAGGUACUGGAAGAGCUCAAGAUCCCUGUGUGGCUCUCGAUCCGUGGUGCCCACGGACAAGCAAUAAGCGUCGUGAUUCCUCGCAGCAGUGAGGAACAGGCCUGCGCUGCCAUCAACGUCGAGCUGAGUGCUGAAAUCGAGUCCCACGAAGUAGACCCUGUGAACUCGAUUUCUCCCGUGACUAUGCUUUCCGUCGUGGCCGAAGACCUGUCCAAGGUGCCGUACAACCAGACAAAAUUCUUCGGAGCUCUUGCUGACGCUGGUAUCGAAGUGCUUGCUGUCGGUCAGGGUACGAGCUCACGCUCGCUAAGUUGUAUAAUUCGCGGUGCCGACACGAAAAUAGCUGUGCGUCGCGUGCACGACACUUUCAACGUGGACUACCUCGUGACAAACGUUGUGCUGCUGGGCUGCAACCACAUUACAUUAGAUGUUGUCCGUCAGCUUCAGAAGCAGCGGGAGCUUUACCGCUACCAACACAAGGCCCACGUGAACAUCGUUGGCUUCGGCUCCAAAUGUUGCGAUUUUCUUUACAAUUCAAAGGGCUUUUCGUUCGAGGAACUCAUUUUGCGUCUAGAAAACUGCAAGAGUACGAGCGCUGUCGUGUCCGCGUCGCUGUCAACUGGAAAAAUGCCGUACUCUGGUGCUCCUUCGCUUGAGCAGCUAGACCAGCUGCAGGAUUUGGCAAUCCCAAUCCUGGUCGACUGCUCAGGUCAGGGUAGCACGCAAGACCUCUACUCGGCUUGUAUUGAGCGUGGCAUCCACGUUGUUGCCUCCAAUGCCCGCUCGGUGUGCUGUCUUCCUCCUACUUCAUCGCGUGAAAGUGUCGCUACCACUCGCACCAAGACUGGUCGUACGUUCUUCAUGUACACGUCGACUAUAGGUGCAAGUUUGCCUGUCGUUGAAACCCUUGGCAACAUCUUGCGCAUGGGUGACCGAGUGCUUCGCAUCGAGACGACGUUGAGUGGAUCAAUGAACUUUGUUGCAAACGAGGUGAUGAAGGGCAAAAAACUUUCUGAAGCUGUUGGAGAGGUACUUCGCAAAGGCUACUGCGAGCGAGACCCACGCGAGGACUUCACUGGUACCGAUAUGGUCGCCAAAAUCGUCGUAUUGGCUCGUGCUCUCGGUGUGCAUAUUAGCGCGAGCGCAGUUCAACUAGAGCCUCUGAUCCCGCAGAGCGUGCUUGACACUAUUGCGUGGUCUAAUGAUCUAGAGGUGAACAAUAUUGUUACCGGACUUGAGGCGUACGAUGCGACUUUUCGGGAGAAAUACUACAUACCUGCUGUGGCGGAGAGCAAACGUCUUCACUACGUUGCUUCGAUCGACUUGGCCAAGUUUCCGUCGAUCCAAGCCACGAUCAAGCCACUGCUCAUUAGCGAGGACCACCCGGCCUUUUACACCAAAGACAAUGAAAUAGCUUUCGGCUUCUCCUCAGUGCAAUACCCGAACCCACUUGUUCUGAAGGGCUCUGGUACAGGUGCUGCUGCUAGCGCUACUGGCGUCCUCCGAGACGUCCUCACUAUUCUCAACUCGCUUAAUGGCAAGAACGUCCACGUCUAA